AUGGACAUCGCUGACAUGGAAGCCCUCAUGCUUUACAAUGCAAACAAAACGAAGCUUACCGCCCACUAUGAGGACGACCCCGCCAGUGCCUUCCUAGAGGCAGCGCGAGCUGGCGACGGUGACUUCGAUAUGCAGGAAUGGGACUCUGUCCAGGACCCGGACCCGGCAUUUGAAAACGUCUUGGCCAUCGCUGCUUUCGCGCGCCGGCAGGAGGAUUAUGAGAGGAAAAGAUCGCUAGGACUUGCAAAUACAGUCGAUGAUAUCCAGUUCGCAGCCGACCAAGCUGCUGAACAAAAUCGGCUACGGGAUUUGGAACGUAGCCAGAGGGCCUGGACAGACUCUCCCGAUCAACCUGAACUUCCUCCAGGCUACGUUGAGGCAGACUCCCUGUUCAUCCCCGAGCAAUCCGAGGUCCACGAAAUCCCUGUCCAGAAAAGAGCGUCUCCAAAACCGAGGAACGGCAUUAGCAAGCAGGAGAUGAUGCAGGCAAUGUCGGGUGGAAUCGACACAGCGUGCACCAGCAGUGGCAAACCGAAGCGAAAGAAUAGCUCCACAACCGACAACGGCCCGCCAAAGAAAGGACCGAGAGCGGCGGGUGGUGCGAAACCAGCCAAGAGGCCUCCAAGAAAGCGUGCAAUAAAAACAAGUAUGACCAAUUUGCCUUCUCUCGGCAAGAGCAACAUUAUCCGGGAUGCUCAAGCCAACGCAUCACGACCGGAUAUGCCUACAUUCACGGCUCGCGAUAAAAGCAAAGCGCUUCGAGAGCUAAUCGCUAGCAUUCCAUCGGCAGAGAGAGGUCAGCACAACUCUGACAAGAAAGCAAUACUGGACGCCACCAAGAAGUUUCGAGGCAAAGGUGCCGUCAGAUCAGACGGCCAGGGCGGGUGGAGGCAUAGAGACAUGGAGUCCUCGUUGUAUAACCAUCAGCUACUCGGUGUCGCCUUCUUACGCGAUCGCGAAAACUCGGGAUCAAAACCACAAGGUGGCAUGGUUUGCGACGAGAUGGGCUUCGGAAAGACGAUACAAAUGAUUGCAAAUAUCCUCGACGGAAAACCGGCUGAAGACAGUCCGUUCAAGACGACAUUAAUCGUUGCACCGCCUACGUUGCUUCCUCAAUGGAUGUCCGAGAUGGACAGACAUGUCAAGGGCAACAGCCUGGGUCGGAUUCUUCGAUACCACUCUGGUGCGCGUCUCAUCAGCAACGACAUCCUCGCCGACUUAUCUGCGUACGAUAUCAUUCUUACCACCUAUGGCGAAGUCCAGAAAAGCUAUCCCAUCCCAGAUCCACCCAAACAUUUGUCGAGCGAGGCUAAGAAGAAUGAAUGGUGGGAAAAGUUCUACCAAGAGAACGUUGGCCCACUCCACCGACUGAAGUUCCAUCGCAUCGUGCUCGACGAGGCCCAUCAGAUCAAGAACCAUGCCUCCAAGACCUCCAUCGCAGUCUGUGCCCUAACCGGCGUGUACAAAUGGUGUAUCACAGGGACGCCGAUCAUGAACUACAUUGAGGAACUCUACCCAUACUUCAGAUUCCUGAGGGUGCCACAUACCGGUGACUACGCAACAUUUCUCCACAACUACUGCAACAACCGUUUGAGCAGAGAUCCCAUCAGCAUGGGGAGGAUCCACAACAUCCUCCGGGCCAUAAUGCUGAGGAGAACCCACGCUGACACAAUUUUCAACGCGCCAGUCGUCAAGCUCCCGGGCAUCACCCACACCACUCACCUAGUCGAGUUCAACGACGUUGAGAGGGCCAUCUACAACAUGGUCAAGACAAGGUACAUCUACCAGAUCAACAGCUAUUCGCGCUCUGGAGAGCUGACGGCCAACUAUCGGAAUAUCCUUGCGAUGAUGCUACGGCUCAGAAUGCUGUGCUCGCACAUCUUGCUCUGCCAAGAUGUCCUUAAGCGGAUGUUCGUCGCUGCUGACAUCGAGAAUCUAUGGCGCCUGACGGCCAAGGAGGUCCAAGCCUCUGGUGAUGAGAAUCAGAAGAAUAUGAUCACGACUUUGCGACGAAUGCUACAGACCAAAGAUAACACCCUCACCACUUGCCAGACUAAGGAAGCCGAAGCAGAUGCCGAUCCUGCUGCAAACUCAGAGACUCAAAACGGCGAGGCUUCAGGAGACGUUGGCAAGGGAUUUGCUCUUUCUUUCAAGUUCCGCAAAUUCCUGCGGUCCUUGAGCGAAUCUAAGACUUGGACUGAGUUGCAUCUACGGUCAACUUGUGGCAAGUGCCGGCUGCCUCCUGACGACCCGGUGUGUACUUCAUGCUUCCAUGUGUACUGUAAAGAAUGCAUCAGUGCCAUGGAUUACGAGCGCCAGCUUCGUGGAGAGACAAAGUCGGCCUGUCUCGAGUGUGGAGCUCACUUUGAAGAGACGUCACCUUGCUCCGGGCUCAAAUCACUGGGCUUCAACAGCGACUCGGUGGCGCGGAAGGUCGAAAAAGCCAAGAGGAAGUCGUUGCCUACGAGCACUGGGGGACAAGCCGGCCGAAGCAGUGACAGCCGUCAAGCCUCCUGCGGUAGCGGCGAGGAGACCGACGAAGAAGAUAAGGAUCCCGAUUGGAUCGAACUUAUGGGAAGCACUGUCCUGCCGUCCGCCAAACUCACAGCCACAAAGGCGGCGAUCCUCAACUGGCAACAGACAGCCAGGGGCGAGAAGAUCAUUAUUUACACACAAUUCCUGGGUCUCUGCCGCAUUCUUGACAAAGUCUGCUCGGCUGAGGGCUGGGGUCAUGUGCUGUUCAAUGGGAAGAUGUCGCUCGAGGCGCGCGAGAAGGCCAUCGAGCGUUUUAAGCACGACCCACAAGUGUUCAUCAUGAUCUGCAGUCUCAAGGCUGGCGGCGUCGGUCUCAAUCUCAACAUGGCCUCCAAAGUUAUCAUCCUGGAUUUGUGGUUCAACUCUUCCAUCGAGGCACAGGCGUAUUGUCGCGCGUUUCGGAUCGGGCAACAACGCAAAGUGGAGGUCUUGCGGUUCGUGGUCAAGGACUCCAUUGAUGAGGACCUGAUCAAGAUGCAGGAUCGGAAGGAUGUCGAGGUCACUGGCGCCAUCGGCCCAGACAGCCAUGGCAAGAGAGCCACCAUCCAGCAGCUGCUUUCGCUGUUCGGCGAGGUUCAGGAAGAAGGUCAGAACGAAUUCAUCUUGGUCGAGGAUGAAGAUCAGAACGACGACGACGAUCCGAAUGUUCCUAUGGCCGACAGACUUCCUCCACGUCCUUUUUAA